CUCUCUGGCCCUGGCGGACCGCGAAGAUGGCGGCGCCCAUGGAGGUGGCGCUGGUGUCGGACGCCGCCGGGCCGCUCUGCAACUGCUCUGUCUGGGAGCUGCACUCGGGCUCCGCCCUGCCCGGCUACCGCGGCGGCAACAGCGGGCCGCGCGGGCUGGCGCUGCUGGGCGGCGAGCACCUGCUGGGGGCCCAGCUGGGCAAGAGCUACAUCAACGUCUGGGAGCUCCAGAGGAAGGACCAGCUCCAGCAGAAGAUCAUAUGCCCUGGGCCAGUGACCUGCCUGACAGCUUCUCCCAACGGGCUCUACAUCUUGGCUGGGGUUGCUGAGAGCAUCUACCUGUGGGAGGUCUCCAAUGGGAACCUCCUCGCCAUCCUGAACCGACACUACCAGGACCUCACAUGCCUCUGCUUCACUGAUGACAGCAGCCACUUUCUCUCGGGGGCGAAGGACUGCCUAGCCCUGGUGUGGAACCUUUACAGCGUGCUGCAGGCAGAGCCCUCCCAGAUCCCCGACCCUCGCCACGUGUGGUCCCGACACAGCCUCCCCAUCACGGACCUGUGCUGUGGCUUCGGAGGGCCCUUGGCACGAGCUGCCACAGCCUCCCUUGACCAGACGGCGAAGCUCUGGGAAAUCUCAUCUGGGGAGCUCCUGCUUUCCGUCCUCUUUGAUGUGGGGAUCAUGGCUGUAACUCUCGACCUGUCUGAGUAUCACAUGUUCUGUGGCGGCAUGGACGGAUCCAUCUUCCAGGUUGACCUCUGUGCCUGGCCGGUCCAGAGAGACCGGACCUUCCAGACAGAGCGGGAGAACGGGAAGGUCUUCAAAGGGCACAGGAACCAGGUGACGUGUCUGUCCGUCUCCACGGAUGGCAGCCUGCUGCUUUCCGGCUCGCACGAUGAAACAGUCCGACUGUGGGACAUCCAGAGCAAGCAGUGCCUGAAGACGAUGAAUCACAAAGGUCCGGUUACAAAUGCCUUCAUAGUGCUGGCCCCAGCCAACAUGUUCAACCCGGACGGGAAACCCAGCGUGCCUCUCCCCAAAUUCAGCAAACACCUCCACGGCACCGAGAGCAAUGAUGAGCAGGGCAGCGAGGGAGUGACACUGCGCCUCGGGCUCCACCAGCAGGAGUCUGGGGAGAGCUACCUGGAGAAGGCUGAGAGGAUGUACUCACAGAUGUACUCCACAAGGGAAAAGAACCUGGUGGGAGACCAGGAGCAUCUGACGAUCCAGGUGAGCGAGCUGGAAGAGGAGGUGAGCACCCUCCGGAAAAUCAACAAGAACCUCUUUGACUUCUCUGCUCGCAUCAUCACCAAACCAGCCAAAUGAAGAGGCACCCCCUGCCCUCGCACCCCUCUGCCUCUCCCUGCCCAGCUCCUGGGGAAGAACCAGCCCACCCUCGGGCACCUGCACGCGCAGACGUGCAAACACGCCUGGCUCGUGUCCUCGCCAGCACCUCUCGCGCGGCACAUGCCGGAGCAUUUGCCGGCUCGAUCUGGCAUCCGUUCGAUGCCACGGACUGAGACAAGCGCGGGGGCUGCAGGGCUGCUGCGUGCGGGACAACACAGGGACCGUUUUCACCCCAAUUCGCUGCUCGGUGCCGGCAGGGACAGACUCGGAGCGGCCGGCUGCGGGAGGAGUGUCACCGGCUCCGAGGGAGGGGUUCAGGACACAGCUCCUGCUCUUUCCCCGUCUCUUCCCCUGCCCCUUUUUUUGUUUCUUUUUGUUACUUGACCCUGCAGUGCAGACAGAAAAGUGUUUUUUCUCUC